AUGUCUGCUGAUCAGGAGCCUGAAAUUCGGAGGGUUCAUCUAGGUGUGGCUGUUUUGAGGAUUCUUGCUUUGGGUGUCAAGAAUGUACAGGAUUUUAAUUAUGUUGAUGCCCCUAGUGCCGAAGCGAUUGAGAUGGCCCUUAGUAAUCUUGUUCAACUUGGAGCUGUUGCACCACAUAAUGAUGUGUUUGAAUUGACUUCAGAAGGGAGAGAAUUAGUUAAGCUAGGAAUUGAGCCACGGCUUGGUAAAAUUAUUCUUGAAUGCUUUAAACAUCGCCUUGGUAGGGAAGGCCUUGUUCUUGCUGCUGUUAUGGCAAAUUCAAAUAGCAUAUUUUGUAGAGAUGGAACUCGAGAAAGCAAGUUAAAAUCUGUCUUAAAAGAGUGGGAAUCUGUCUUAAUCUGUCUUAAAAUUGGCGAAUUCCAAUUUUGUCAUCAUAGUGGUGACCUCUUCACUUUACUUCAUGUUUACAAGGAGUGGGAAGCUGUCCCCUGUGAAAGAAGAAAUAUCUGGUGUUGGGAAAAUGGCAUCAAUGCAAAAUCGAUGCCGAGAUGCCAGGAGGCAGCACAAGAGUUGGAUUUGCGCCUUAAAAAUGAACUCAAUAUGCUCAUACCAAGUUAUUGGAAAUGGGAUCCCCAGAUGCAGACGCCGCAGAAUGCGACCCUAAAGAGUAUCAUACUUUCUGCUUUUGCAGAAAAUGUGGCCAUCUACUCUCGUCAUGAUGACCUUGGUUAUGUAGUUGCACUUACAGGCAAACAUAUUCAACUACAUCCUUCUUGUUCUUUACUUGUUUUUGAUCAAAGACCUGGUUGGGUUGUUUUUGGUGAAAUUCUUUCUGCAUCUUACCAAUAUCUGGUAUGCGUUACUUGUGUUGACUUCAAAUCAUUUUCUGCUCUUAGUCCCCCUCCAUUGUUUGAUUUUUGUAAGAUGGAUAAGGAGAGGCUUCAAAAGAGAAUUUUGACAGGGAAAGAAUACUUGGAUGAACGAAUUGGAGUUGAAGUUUAUGUCGAUAAGAAUGAGGUUCGUUUGUAUGCUGCUCCUGAAGACAUGGAGAAAGUUUGUGGCACUGCGAAUGAUGCACUGGAGUAUGAACUCAGAUUAUUGCAGAAUGAGUGCUCCGAAAGAUGCCUCUUUAGUGGAGGAUCCAAAGUCUCUUCAAGUGUUGCUCUUUUUGGAGCUGGUGCUGAGAUCAAGCAUCUGGAGCUGGAGAAGAAAUGUUUAACUGUUGACGUUUUUCAUUCCAAAGUGAACUGUGUUAAUGACAAAGAGCUAUUGAUGUUUAUGGAGAGAGAGACAGGUGGUGCUAUUUGUUGUUUUCAUAAGUUUUCAUCCAUUGGCCAAGAAAGCAAGGUGCCGGAAGAGUGUAUUAGGAUUACAUUUCUCUCACCUGAUGCUGCAAGGAGAGCUACUGAGCUCAAUCAGGCUGAGUUCUGUGGUGGCUUACUAACGGUGAUUCCUUCUCGGAACAGCUAUGUCGGUGACCAUAAACUGCUACCCUUUUCUGCUUUGAAAGCAAAAGUUUCUUGGCCGCGUAGGUAUAGUAUAGGUGUGGCAAUUGUAAAGUGUCAGGAGGAGGAUGUUGCUACCUUGGUGCAUGAAUUAUCCAAUGUAACUCAUUUUGAACGAAGCACCAAGUAUACAGACAGUGUGGUCCUUAGAAAACUUGAUAGAGAAAUAUCUGAAGAUGAAAUUUUUGAAGUUUUAGCCUCGGUGACAAGUAGGAAGAUAUUGGAUGUGUUCUUGUUGCGAAAAGAAGCUGUUGAUCCUUUCUCCCCUGCUGCUUGUGAAGAAGCGCUUCUGAGAGAAAUAUCUUCUUUUAUGCCUAAAGGCAACCCUCUUGGUACCUUUGUCUGUGUUGAGGCCGCGAAGGCUUUGGACCAAAUAAAUGGGAAAGCAUUACCAGGAUGUCUUGUUUGGCUGAAAUGUCAGCAUUUGUUUCAUAGCUCUGUUUCAUGUCCUGAACCUGUGUACAAUGUGCUACGUAAUCAGCUGAACACUUUAGUCGCAAGCUCCCGCAGAAGAAAAGGUGUUGAUUGCACAAUGGUACAAAAUGAAAAUCGUUCAUAUCGAGUGAAUAUAUCUGCACCUGCCACCAAAAUUGUGGAAGAGAUUAGAAGACCGCUUGAGACGCUUCGGAAGGAGACAGGGAUCCUACAUUCUUUUUUGACAAGCAGGCCCUCAGUGUUAGGGUCUUUGGUACAGAAGACAAGAUUCAGGUGGCAAAAGACGAGGCUUAUCAGAUCUCUUCUGACGUUACAUGAGAGCAAGCAACUGCAAGUCCAUCUUCGCGGUGCCGGGCUGCCUUCAGAUAUGAUGAAGAGGAUUGUUCAGAAGUUAGGUCCCGAACUUCAUGGGCUUAAAGAAAUGUUUCCUGGUGUUGAUUUUUCCUUGGAUACCAAACGCCAUUUCAUCUCUCUAAGAGGUGCAAAAGACUUGAGCCCUAAAGUUCAAGCCAUUAUUCAUGAGAUUGCGCAGAAAAGUGAUUCAUCACCUGAUAAAAGUUAUGAAGAGGACUCGUGUGCCAUUUGCUUUUGUGAAGUUGAGGACGGUUACAAGCUUGAACAUUGUGGACAUGAGUUCUGCAGGUCAUGCCUAGUUGAACAGUGCGAGUCUGCAAUUAGAAGUCAGGGCAGCUUUCCGAUCCGUUGUGCAAAGAUGGGUUGUGGGGCUCGUUUCCUGCAUACAGAUUUGAGGUCUCUGAUGAUAGGUGAGAAGUUUGAAGAACUGUUUCGGGCUUCUUUAGCUGCAUUUGUUGCAGCUAGUGGGGGAAGUUUCAGAUUUUGCCCUUCUCCCGAUUGUCCUUCAGUGUAUCAAGUCAGCGAUUCGGCCGACGCCCCAUUUUUAUGCGGUGCAUGUUAUGUGGAGAUGCCACCUUGA